GGCCCAUGGGUGCAUCUCCGCUCUCCUCGCCCUGGAGAUGGGACAUCCUGGGGGAAGCCUCUGCUUACAGGGCCACUGGGGAGCGAUGCAGCCCAAGGCUGACCCAAAUCUUCUAGGGGCCCUGGUGCAGGAAGCGGGGCUGGGGGGCAGCAUCGUGCAGGCGCCCUGCUGACCAUCCUGGAGGACACACAGGCAGGGGCUGAGACGUCCCCUCAGGCUGGACCCUCCCAGCCCACAAGUCCUAAAACAUGAAGGUGUCCAGCACCACUGUCUUUUCUGGGGACAGCACUUCUGAAACCUAAACGCCAGCAGCCCCGGAAGCCAUUUGGGCCCUUUUCAGAUGCUGGCUGUCCUUGCAAUGCCAGGCUCAGCAUGUCUGCUGUGUAAGGGGCUUCCUCCUUGUCCUGAGGCUCCUCACACCUCAGCUCAUGCAGGGGCUCUUUUGCUUUGGAAGCUGAGUGAGUGCGCAGGACCCCCCCGAAAGCAUACAAGAGUAUAGAGCCUCUCCCUGGCAAGGCGCCCCCCCCAAGCCAUGCUCUAGUCCCCCUUAGGGGGAGGGACCCCCAGAGAACCCCUCUCCAGACCAGAGGGAAGAAGCCCCUCGGCCAGAGGCUGAUGCUGGAGCUGCUUAUGAGCAUCUAGUCCCACCCCCUCAUUUUACCGAUGAGGAAGCUGAGCCCCAGAGAGGGAAGUGACUCUCCCCAGAGCAGGCUGGUGACCAAGCUCGGAGGAGAGAUGACAUCGCACAGCUUGCUCAGCUGCACUGGACCCCCCACAGGAAAGAACAUGAACCAGCUAAACCAGAGCAAGGACUGCAGCUUCAGUGACGUGGACAAGCUGAUGAAAACCGUGCAGAUGACAGUCAAUAUCCCUACUUUCCUCCUUGGCCUUCUCCUCAAUUUGCUGGCCAUUCGAGGCUUCAGCUCCUUCCUGAAGAAGAGGUGGCCGUACUACGCUGCCACCUCCAUCUACAUGAUCAACCUGGCAGUCUUUGACCUGCUGCUGGUGCUCUCCCUCCCAUUCAAGAUGGCCCUGUCCCACGUGAAGGCUCCCUUUCUUCCCUUCUGUACCCUGGUGGAAUGCCUCUACUUCAUCAGCAUGUACGGCAGUAUCUUCACUAUCUGCUUCAUCAGCCUGGACCGGUUCUUGGCCAUCCGGUACCCACUCCUGGUCAGCCAUCUCCGGUCCCCGAGGAAGGUUUUGGGGAUCUGCUGCAUCAUCUGGGUCCUUCUCUGGGUUGGGAGCACCCCUGUCUAUAGCUUCCACCAGAAAGAGGAAAAUUACACGUGCUUCCACAACCUGUCUGACGGCACCUGGAGUGUCAAGGUCUUACUCCCACUGGAGGUCUUCGGCUUCCUUCUUCCCAUGAGCAUCAUGGGUUUCUGCUCAUCCAGGAGCAUUUGUAUCCUGGUCCGCCGUCGGAACCACACCCAGGACUGGGUCCAGCAGAAGACCUGCAUCUGGACAAUUGCGGCCAACCUGGUGGUCUUUGUGGUCUCCUUCCUCCCAGUCCACCUGAGCUUCUUCUUGCAGUUCCUGGUGAGGAACGGUUUUAUCAUGGAAUGCAGGACUAGGCAGAACAUCAGCUUGUUCGUGCAGUUGUCCAUGUGUUUCUCCAACUUCAACUGCUGCCUGGAUGUUUUCUGCUACUACUUUGUCAUCAAAGAAUUCCGCAUGGACAUCAUGACCCACCACCGGCCUUCCAGGGCCCAGGUGGCCCGCCAGGAUACCAUGACCACCAGGGGCUAAGGGAAGAAAGCUGUGCUUGGAGGAAGGAAGCCCCAGCCCAAAUUCCAGUAGCGGGUACCCUCUUCCAGGGCUCUGCUGUGGUCUUGCACUAACUGGCACGUGCUCCCUUUGAUGCUCUCUUGAACGCCAUCUUUGCUCACUGUGCCCUCCAAAAGCUUUCCCCAGCACCCAGACAACAUGAUGUAAGCCACCCAGUGGUUGAGGACCUCUGAAAGACCAAAGGAGCAGAUGAAUUCUUGAUUUUUAAAUCCCAAAAGCAUGAGGCAGAAGAGCUGAGAAAGAGAAUGAGACCUUCUGAAUAGGGCUGCUUCCCAACUCUCCUCUGUCUCUCUGUUAGGCUAGAAGAUUCUGGAAAGGAAGAGAGGGAGGAGUUAGGAGAGAGAUGAUUAAAUGGGUUGGACAUGGUGGAGAGAUAGAGUGGUAGAGAUGGACCAAGCUCAUUUUCAGUUUGGGGAUCCCAGCAGGGGAGCAGACUUACAUUUUCUGGUCUCUUCUGGAGCUCUGCUGGCCAACACCCUCAUGGAGGUGACAGCAGUCGGGGUGACUGGGGAGAGCAAAUACACAAGCUAGCUCCAAGUUUUCUAUGGGCCUUAGAAAGGCCUGAGGGGCCAGGCAAGCCUUCCUGUGACUGAAGGGGGCUGGUGCGGACCAGGCUGUGUGAAGAUGUAGACACUCUAUGGAAGCCGGGGAGACAGAGUGGAAAGGCACUGGGGACACCUGAGAGCCUGGGAGGGGGUGGGAUAUACCUGGGAAGAUAGGAGGCAGACCAAGGGCUGGAAGUGGCCUUCCAUCCAUGGCCAUCGGGGUGUCCACUGCAUGGAGUGGUCCUGGGGGAGGAGAGGCAGGGGAGACAAGCCUGACUAUAACCAGCUUGUCAUCUUGAACAGACGGGGACAUUGCUCCUUAGACUUAGCUUUCUUGAGAAGGAUGAGAAAGAUUUGCUUUGGUUUGGUUCAGCCAGAGGAGAACAAGGAAGAUGUCUCUGUCUUAUCUGUCUUGCCUACCUGAGUCCUGGCUGGGCAGCCGGCCACAGUGACCUUGACCGUGGGCCUGUCCCCGUCGGGCGGCCAGGAGGGAGAAGGGGCUCUUGGCAGUGGCAACUGUAAACAGUUGAAUCACGGCUUGGCCCGGGCUUCUCUAAUGCGCUGGAGAAGGCGCAGCAGUGACAGCCUGAAAGCCUGACAAUGACUCGGCUGCUCCAGAGAGUGAAAUGAUGAGGAGGAGAAAUUGGGGGGAUGAUUGGCAAGAUGGAGUGAGUGGGAUGAGCAGUGACGCGUGAGACCCCACGUGAACCAGCCAGAGGUCUUUAGGGAGACAGGUACCCACCUUCUACUUGCAGGAUAAGAGGCGCCCUCCGCUGAGAGGUGGACAGAAGGGAGGGGUGGCUGUGAGGGGGCUGGGGAAGAGGGCGAGUUCG